GAGAUGCAAACGUGUAGAGCGUGAGGAUGAUGAAGCACAGGAAGACAAGGAAGAAAGGGAUAACCACAAACACCUUCACAAUCAUGGACAGAUGUGGAACCAAUGGCCACCCAGAAUGCAAGUGAAGAUGAGCAGAUUCACCUGAUCCAAGUGGACCCAGUCCGGAGGAAUAUAUCAUUGGCACUGACCCAGAUCUUUGUGUGGCCGUUCAUUUUCCUCAUCUUCUUCAUGCUGUUAACAUUCUCCAAGAAAGAAGCGUUCAGAACAGACACACGUUAUAUACUGUUCGGUCACUCUCUUCUUGUAGAUAUAUUGUUUCUUUUGCUGACGGAUUUAGUAGUUAUACUUUCAUACAAUGUUGUGUUAAUACCACUGCACCUAUGUGUCCCUGUUUGUAUGUUAAUGGAGACUAUAACAGCAUGUGCACCAUUAACAAUCUUGGCCAUGUGUUUGGAGCGCUAUGUGGCCAUUUGCAUGCCACUGCGACAUAACGCCAUCUCCACCUCUAGAAGAGCGCUGAUGGUCAUUCUCAUGAUUUGGUUUUUGAGUUUCAUUAGCCCACUUGUUGAUAUGCUCAUCCUGGUUUCCACCGCUUCUCGUGAAUACCUGUCUCAAAAAACACACUGUCACUAUGAGAUUAUGAUCCCGGAAGGGAUUCGCCGUUUUGCUAGGGGCCUCUUGUUUAUUGUGGGGAUGUUGAUUAUCCUCUUAAUAGAGGUGGUCUGUUAUGUUAUGAUAUUCCUCGCCGCACGUGCGGCCUCAAGUGACAAAAAUUCUGCAUCUAAAGGACAACGCACAAUUUCCCUGCACAUCAUUCAGCUUAUUCUGUGUUCUGCUGAGAUUGUGUGUCCGUACAUUGAGAACGUUGUAAUGGAAUAUGACAUUCAAACAUAUUUGACUGUGCGUUUUGUCAAUUUCCUGGUGUUUAGUAUCACAUCACGAGCAGUAAGUCCUCUUGUGUAUGGUUUUAGAGAUGAGAAAUUCUAUGCAGCUAUGGUGUAUUACCUGGGAUGUAAAAUAAAUGUGAUCUCAUCUGACACAGAUAGAUAAACAUAAUUAACUUGGAAAGUCUGUGAACUCAAGAGAUCAAAAUGCACUGGAAUCCAUUGUUCAGUUAUUGAAACUCUAUGAUGUACAAAAUAUAAACAGAAGGGUCACAAACAACGGGCCACAGUGAAUGCAACUCAAAUACUACAAGUUCACUUCAGACUAUAAGUGGCAAUAUUUGCUGCAUUGGCAUCUUCAGAUAGUAUGUCAUUUAUCUUUACUUAUGCUUUCUUGUAAAUAUAUGUGUCUACACAACCUGUAAUUUAUAAUGUAGAUGAACAAAUGCAUUCAGAAUACAUUAUUAAACAAACUAAAUAAUAUUAAAAUUUUCAGUCAAUUAUUAUGACUUGUAUUU